UUACUUAUUACUUACUAUUGGUUUUAUUUAAUUGGGAUAGAAGUUCGUUUUAAGUUUUAAUCGUGAUCCAGUACCUAGCUAAGUGCGAGGUAAAAGAUGUAAGCUCUAAAUCAGAAACUCGCUUAUUGCAGCUAUGUACACUGGACUUCCCCACAGUGACCAUCCGGAGGUUGGGAUUUAGAGUUUCAAUAGCUUAAACUUACUCCAAGGCCUUACGAUGGCGCUCUUAUAGCCUCGUUGGGGCCCCGGAUUACGAGUAUCUCAAAAGAGACGCCCGCUACGAGUUAUUGUGCCAGUCGACUCAUGGACAAUUUACAGCUUGUUUACCUUAGAAACCGUACCAAAGACUUACCAAUUCUCAAUGAAGGUAUCACUCGUUCUCUACGUCCUGGCGUGUGCCUUCUCGGCCAUGGCCUCCAACAUUCGCCGUAAGCACUCUAACAACGCCGACAACAACGCGGAGGACUUCCAUCCCCACGAGGACAUCCCCCACAUUUCCAAGUACGAACACAACAAGUACUACGAUGAAGAAACCGAUGAAGUAUCGUAUCAAGGCAAGCCUAUGACCUGCGUCCCCCGCAAAAAACUCGAGGCCCUUCUCAACCAGUACAUCUCGACCUUCUCAGGUAUCGAAGACGGCGGCAGGAUGGCCAAGAAGACCUUUGAUGAGGACCUCAAGAUCUACUCCCAGACCCGAUGGUGGAUAACCACUGCCGUAGGCGGUGAUCUUGACAAGAAUAUCAAGAAGUGGGCCAAGGCCGAUAGUUUCCCUCCAAUCUUUGAAAAUCGCGCCCAGUUUAUUAAGGCACUUAUCCGCAAGAAUAAUCCUAACCAAUGGAAGAAGGGAUUAGUCACCUACGGUUGCAAUACCUUCACCUUCUACUGGAAGGGCGACUUCUCGAUCCCUGAGUACCCAACCGUAGGCCGCACCUAUGGCAUCCACAUAGUGUUCGUGAACCCUAAGACCAGCAGGGUCAAUAAGGUGUACGCAGAGUAUAACUCACUAAACCAUAUGUAUAACCUUGGCGCUCACAUCACUUGGGCUAAGGAUCCCGUGUGCUGCGAUUGCCCUCCCUUUGUUACUAGCUGCAAGUGUCCUAUUUAGUAGGCGCUGGAAUGAUAAAGCCUGGAUUUUCCCUGUCAAAUGUGGAACCCGAUAUCCAGCCUUUCCAAUAUUCAGACCUCUAGACUUAACUUGGCAGAGGGGACUGCAUUUGGGGGUCUCUUUCUGCUAAACAAUUAGCAGAUCGGAUGAAUGGAGAGUUGACUCCUAACAAUACUUAGCUAUAGACAAUACAAGAGGGGACUCCAAGUUUUGACUUAUUUCAGACUUUAAUAAGGUACUUGCCAAGGCAAAACCAACCUCUAUUAAGGGUAGAUGCAGUCCUUAUUAUAUAAGGAUAUUAAGCCUACUUAUUAUUAUAUUUAUUAGUUAAGCUAUUAAUAUUUAAUUUAUAUAAGAGAGUUAUUUUAUAUUAGUAAAUUAUAAAUUAGGUAGUGCUUUUUUUAUUUAAUUAGAUAAUAUUUUUU